AUGGCUAAGGGGAAGGAAAAGGUUGAAGGUGAUGGCUCUGCUCGUGAGAGGACCAUCACAUGGGAUGAGGAUCAAACUAAAUUUAUGCUUGGUUGGUUUAUUGACUACAUAAAGGAACAACACGCUGGUUUUAAGCUCAAAAAACAACAUCACUUCAAGCGUUCAGAGGCAUUGAAUAGGCAGUUCAACAUGGGGGUAACUGCCACUCGAGUUGAGAGGCAUUUCAGGCAUUACAAGGAAAACUGGAAGUUCAUUGCAACAGCUUUGGGCAAGAGUGGUAACACAUUUGAUGCUUCAAGAUCUAUGGUCAUCAUAUCUGAUUCAGAGAAGGUUAAUCUAAAGGAUAGGGCAAGAAGGCUCCUGUCCAAACCUAUCAAGUUCUUCAGUGAAAUGCAGGAGCUAUUUCUUAAUAGCAGCGCUGAUGGUUCUCUUGCCAUGGACGCCAACACUUGCAUGAAUGAGGCUCAAGCUGAUGAAGAAAAUGAUUAUAAUGAUGAUUUAUGCAAUGACUUAUCCAACUAUGCCCAAGCUGAGGAUGAUCUAGGUGAUGAUUCUGACACUUUAGUUUCUCAUUUAAGUGGUAUGGCUAGUAUGGGAUCUCAAGUGGCUGAGCAAAGCUCAUCUAGCUCGGGAGUCAAGCGUCCAAGAAGUGAAAGCAGGCCUCCCAAGAGAGAUGUGAGACCAAAGAGCCGGAUGUCCAAGGUAGGAGAUAUGAUCGCAACUACUUUGGUGGAUCUUCAAAAUAAAAUCAAGAAGCCAGCACCUCCUCCACCAAUUAUACGCAAUUCUGAUGAAAUAGUGUGGGAAAGACUUGAAAAGAUGACUCUAACCACUGGUCAAAAGGUUAUGAUAGGAGAAUAUCUAGCACACAAAAACCAAAAGGGGAUGCGUGGUUUCUUAUCAGCCGCAUCUGAGACAACAUUCGAGUCAUGGAUCUUCAAGUUCGUUAGUGACCAGGGGGUGUGA